GGGGUUGGACCGCGAAUUAGAGCCCGGGCAUGUUUCGUUUUAAUUUCAGAACACGUCCUUUAAAAUGGGAAAAGUUAAAAACUGAUAAUCCCACGUUAAGCUUCAAGUUACUUGCCAUAAACCCUAUACUCUUUCUCUCUCAUUGACUCUGCACUCAUCAAUGGCGACACUGUUGGACGAAGCAACCGCUAAAAAUGUUAUAAGACAGGUGGAGUUCUACUUCAGUGAUAGCAACCUUCCCAUGGAUAGUUUUAUGAGGAAAACUGUCACUGAAAGCAAAGAUGGAAUGGUUAGUUUAGCGUUGAUUUGUUCCUUUAAUCGAAUGAGAAAGCACCUUAAUUUGGGUGAUGUUAAGGCCGAUGAAGUGGCCCGAGAUACUGUUAAUGCUGUUGCUCAAGCUUUGAGAAAUUCGGCUUCACUCAAGGUUUCCGAAGAUGGGGAAAAAGUUGGCAGGACAACUGAACUUCCAAAGCCAGAACAGGUAAUUGAGCAGGUAGAGAUAAGAACACUAGCUGCAUCACCAUUUGAAUAUGACCUGAAACUUGAAGAUGUGGAGAAGUUCUUUGGUCACUAUGCCAAGGUUAAUAGUGUCCGGCUUCCUCGUCAUGUUGGAGACAAAAAGUUUUUCUGCGGCACAGCCCUUGUUGAAUUCUCAUCAGAGGAAGAAGUAGAAAAAGUCAUGAAGGAAAAACUGGUCUAUGCUGGGGCUGCGUUAGAAUUAACACCAAAGAAGGACUUCAAUGCAGAGAGAGAAAAAGAAUUAGAAGAUUAUGAAAAAUCUCGUCCACCUGGCAGUUCAAAUCAACAGAAUUACUUAAAUGCAGAAGAAAACUAUCCUAAAGGAUUAAUUAUUGCCUUCAAACUAAAGAGCAUUUCUGAUGAAGUUCCUUCAGAACGAAAUGGGGUUGAUCAACAAACCAAUGGCAAUAGUGUUGUCCCCAAAACAGAUGAGAAAAAUCCCUCUGAAAUUAUUUCUGGGGAAAGUGACCAAAAGGUAUCAGAAAAUGUUGACAAUGAUGAAGAAAACAAUGUGAUGAAAGAAGGAAAGAAAACUGAAGGUGAAGGAAAGAGUCAAGAAGCUGAUAAAAAGUUUUCAGCCGCUGCUUACAAGAACAACAUGGAUGUUGUCUUGCGUGAGGAUUUGAAGGAUGUCUUUGAGAAGUUUGGUACAGUGAAGUACAUUGAUUUCAAGAUUGGAGCUGAGUCAGGAUACAUCCGAUUUGAAGAAACUAAAUCUGUUCAGAAAGCUCGUGCUGCUGCAGUUCUUUCAGUAAAGGGUGGCUUGGUUGUAAAGAAUUAUGUUGCUACUCUAGAUCCAGUGACUGGUGAGGCUGAAAAAGAAUAUUGGUGCCGGCUUCGUGGUAAUCAAGACAAGCAUCGAGAAUAUAAAAGUAAUCAGGGAAGGGGAGGAAGGCAUGGUAGAGGUGGCAAACAUGCACGCUCUAGAGAGAAUGAACGUGGAGAGAAUCGCCCCAAUAAAGCUCAGAAAGUUGGUGCUGCUUAAUGGGUUAUACACGUCAGUUUCUAGUUUCUAGUUUCUAGAAUUUCGGUGAACCAGGCUCUGCUUGGUCACCUGAUGUAUUCUCAGCUAAUAUACUGAAGUUUUGCUUUUAUUGUUCGAUGAACCCAUUACAUUAUCGUUACGUUUCAUUUUUUCUUUAUAGUGUAUAAUAUAUAAUUUAUACGUGUCCUCUUUCCCUCUCUGGUUUGAGAU